AUGCAGACCGCGGGCCAGAAGCGAGUUCGCGCCGGUCCAACUCCCGAGGAAGAGGACUUCCAACAACAUCGAGUCCUUCAAUCGUGGUUCCGCCUGAUGAGGCGCUUCCUCCUGGCGCUCAUGCCCCUUCAGCAGAUGCUGGAAAGGUUCAUGGAUCACAUGCUCAGUACAAAACCUCACCGGGAGGCCCUGAAGGAGAUGAUCCGGUCCUUGCCAGACGAGGAUCUCCCCAUGAUCCAGAAUGUGGCCCGCCAGGAGAUGAAUCGACGAGAGGACACCGGCCAUCGACCUCAGGCAGACGGAUACUGGUCCAACCUCAGCGAGACCAGCACUCAUCCAGCUCGUCGACCACGACCUCCUCCAGACCCAGUUCUCACCGAAAGAUGCCGGCAGAUCAACAGUCUACCAGGUAUCGAGAUGAUCUUGGAACCACGUCCAAGAUGCCAGUGUGCCCUUCAGUGCAAGAUCCAUCUCAGCGAUUCGGGUCCAACGGGACACAACUACAAGAAGCUGUACUUCCGCUGCCCCUUGGAGCAGGGACAUCAAUGCCGAUUCGUCAAGUGGUGCGACCAACAGCCUCUCUUGAGCCUGGAAAGCUGGCGUCACCGGCAACAGCCCGGCGACGAGCCUGUGAGCUACGCCCAGAUCUUGGAGGCCAUGAUUCAAACCAAAUGCCAGCACAAGGAAACCCAUCGGAAAGGUUCGAACGCCUUCCUCACCAAGGUCACCUGCAGGAUCUGCAACAAGGUCAUCAAGGUCCGAGAAGAUCGGAAAGAUGGAGGGGACCAAGUCCAAGGCCAGCACGACAUCCUCAAGCUCGGUACCACACUCUCGUCAGGGAAUCCCCUCACCAGCGACUCCUCAGACCACCUCGGACGGCACCGACCUGGAGCACCUGACCGACUAUCAGGAAUUUCAAGAAUAUCUCCGUUGGAAGAACCAACGGCAGCCUCCGAACCGGGAGGACCAAUGAAGCAGGUGACUCCGAAGCUGGAACGGAAGCUUCGUGCUGCAAUUAAGAAGGCAACGGCUUUUUGGCGAGAGCUUCAGCUGCUCCUGGCCGAUAUGCCUUUGCAGUGUUGGGCCCAGGUCUACCCGGAGAAACUCCGAGCAGCCAUCCUGAAGGCCUACAGCCAGUCCAUCAACGUCGCUCAUGUUGAAACAGUCAGCUCGGAAAGCAUGCUGGCCGAGAACCACAGGCUAAACUACAUCAUCGACACUGAGUUCAGGGCGCUGAAGAGCCUACAACCAGAAAUUCUCGCCUACCGGAAGUACCGGCCUACGACACCGCCGAGAUCUUCGCACAUGGAGAGGAUCAAGAAACCCAUGAACCAAACGGAUCAGGAGACCAAGAGGAUGAUCUGGAACCACCACACGAAAGGGAACAUGAAGAAGGCGAAGCUCAGGAAGUACCUGAACAACAACUACCACUUCAUUCACGUUUUCCGCUGGAACGCCUUCUGCACCGAGCACACGUUGGUCUGGGACACCCGACCCCAGAUCGAUUUGUCAGGAUCCUUAGGUCUUCUUAGUGGAGAUGAUGGUCACCGAGGACAACAACCAGAAGCCAAAGUCGGCGACCUCAGUGUCGAACGGGCCAUGAAGCUUCGAAAGGCUGCUGCACAUGCCUUCAUCGAAGCAGAUGCCAGUAACUCCCUCCGAAGAGCAGUAGCUUCGGGCCCCCGACCCAUCCUGGAGUAUGACAUCGGCGAGAUUGUCUACUUCUUCCGAAUGGGAGCUGACAAGAAACUGAAGUUCAAACCAUGCUACUGGCACGGGCCGGCAAGAAUCAUCAUGAUCGACCAACCUAGCACCAUUUGGUUAUCAUACCAAUCUCAACUGGUCAAAGCCAGCCCAGAGAGAAUCCGAAGACCCUCGUUGGAAGAGAACAUGGCACUAUCUGGAUGGUUGGAAGAUCUCGUGCAGCUGAAGAAGGACAUUGUCACGGAACCGAUUCGAGGAUUCCUGGACCUGUCCGACCAGCCGCUCCCCGAGAUCUUAGACGAUGAAGCCAACAAUGAGGAGUACACUCCGACCGAACCAGAUGAAACUCCAGACCAGAACAUUCCAAUGGAACCAGCACUACUACCAGGACUACAAGAACCCAUGGGCUACCCAAGACCAUUGAAACGCUAUCGAGAAAAAGGGCCACAAGAUAAUUUGGUUGAUGAUGAUGGACAAUCUCCCCAACCAGAACCUGAUGACGAACGACCAGGAGAACCUCAACGAGAUGAAGAGGCCAAGGCUCGCCACGUCAUGAAAGGCUUCAGUGAAGAGGGGGCUGAGAACAUUGAGGCGACCACUCCACAG